CACGCACGCAGGCACAUUCUCCCUCUCUGCGCUCUCUCCCUCGGUCUCCCUCUCUCCCUCUUUCUCUUUCACUUUUGCAUGCCCUGCAACCUUUUAAAAUGUUGCCCCUUCCCUGUGAUUCGCCAGACGCCGCGCCGCGGCCCCCCGCGCGCUCGCCCGCUCCCUCUCUCGCCCGCUUUUUGUCUCUGGCGCUCCCGCUCCCCACCUCCGAUUUGCUACACUGAGACUCCCGUCAAUGGACUGCAUUGAGAGCCGGCUCCGGCGCGAGUUGCCUCUCCGCUUCACGCUCGAUUUCCAGGCAUUCUUCCCUUAUUAAGUAUUCGUGUAAUAUUAAUAGUCAUGAAUAUCUGCUAUUAGGAGGCUCCAGGAACGCUGCCCGGCGCGGUUAUUAGAAGCUCGAGCGAAGCCGCCGCUAAGGAAAGAGGGGGAGACACGGAUUAAGGAACACGCACACACACACACACACUGACACCACUUUUUCCUUUUUUGGGGUUCUUCAUUUUUUAAAGAACUUUGAAUCAUAACCAGUCACGGCAGGAUAGAGACCGUGGGCUCGACCAGCUGAAGGCGCCGCGCGAAUCGGCGGUUCAAGUUCGGAUGGAUCCGAGCCGGGCUCCCGCUCUCGGGGGAGCGUCGGCGCCGUGACCGGAGUCCUGGGUGGCGCGGGGCUCUCGGCGCCUUUUGUGUGGGGCGCGCUCGGGCGGCGGGGCAGCCGGGCGCUCCAGGCUUGCUUGUUUUUUUCCACCCUGACUCGUUACCCCAGACUCUUCGCAGAUGUUAGUUCACAGUUUUUCAGCUAUGGACCGUCACGACGGCACCAGCAACGGGACGGCGCGGUUGCCCCAGCUGGGCACUGUAGGUCAAUCUCCCUACACGAGCGCCCCGCCGCUGUCCCACACCCCCAAUGCAGACUUCCAGCCCCCCUACUUCCCCCCACCCUAUCAGCCUAUCUACCCCCAGUCGCAAGAUCCUUACUCCCACGUCAACGACCCCUACAGCCUGAACCCCCUGCAUGCCCAGCCGCAGCCGCAGCAUCCAGGCUGGCCCGGCCAGAGGCAGAGCCAGGAGUCUGGGCUCCUGCACACGCACCGGGGGCUGCCCCACCAGCUGUCGGGCCUGGAUCCUCGCAGGGACUACCGGCGGCACGAGGACCUCCUGCACGGCCCACACGGGCUUGGCUCAGGACUCGGAGACCUCCCGAUCCACUCCUUACCUCACGCCAUCGAGGAUGUCCCGCAUGUAGAAGACCCGGGUAUUAACAUCCCAGAUCAAACUGUAAUUAAGAAAGGCCCCGUGUCCCUGUCCAAGUCCAACAGCAAUGCCGUCUCCGCCAUCCCUAUUAACAAGGACAACCUCUUCGGCGGCGUAGUGAACCCCAACGAAGUCUUCUGUUCAGUUCCGGGUCGCCUCUCGCUCCUCAGCUCCACCUCGAAGUACAAGGUCACGGUGGCGGAAGUGCAGCGGCGCCUCUCACCACCCGAGUGUCUCAACGCGUCGUUGCUGGGCGGAGUGCUCCGGAGGGCGAAGUCUAAAAAUGGAGGAAGAUCUUUAAGAGAAAAACUGGACAAAAUAGGAUUAAAUCUGCCGGCAGGGAGACGUAAAGCUGCCAACGUUACCUUGCUCACAUCACUAGUGGAGGGAGAAGCUGUCCACCUAGCCAGGGACUUUGGGUACGUGUGUGAAACCGAAUUUCCUGCCAAAGCAGUAGCUGAAUUUCUCAACCGACAACAUUCCGAUCCCAAUGAGCAAGUGACAAGAAAAAACAUGCUUCUGGCUACAAAACAGAUAUGCAAAGAGUUCACCGACCUGCUGGCUCAGGACCGAUCUCCCCUGGGGAACUCGCGGCCCAACCCCAUCCUGGAGCCCGGCAUCCAGAGCUGCUUGACCCACUUCAACCUCAUCUCGCACGGCUUCGGCAGCCCGGCUGUGUGCGCCGCGGUCACGGCCCUGCAGAACUAUCUCACCGAGGCCCUCAAGGCCAUGGACAAAAUGUACCUCAGCAGCAACCCCAACAGCCACACGGACAACAGCGCCAAAAGCAGUGACAAAGAGGAGAAGCACAGAAAGUGAGGCUCUCCUCCCGCCCCGCCCCCUCCCGCGCCUCACCUGCCCUCGCGCGCCCACCCAGUCGGUCCUCCCCACCCCCUGCCCCGGCGGGUGACAGCUCCGGGAUCAGCAACCCUCUCUGCUGCUGCUACUGCUGCUGCUGCUGCUGCUGCCGCCGCCGUCGCCGCCGCCACCGCCGCCGCUGCCGCAGCCACUGCCCUUCGGUCCUGCUGAGUCUCUGGGACUGCUCUCUCGACUGUCAGUGGGGCAGCCGCUGCCACCUCAGCCUCAACUUCCCCGUCAGCACCAACACCCUUUGCCCUAAAGUGGAGCCUAAGAGAACAGAACAGGCCUUGAAGCCAGCAAAGAAAAGUUCUGUCGAGUUUGUGAACCUUUUUUUUUUUAAAAACAAACAAACAAACAAAAACAACAAAUCAAUGACAACAAAAAAUUUAAAAACUUUUUUUUUCUAAAAAAAGAACGUAAAAUUAAAAAAAAAAUUAUAUGAGCUUCAUGGGACUGAUUCACCACCUUCCCUUACAUACUUCAGUUCAGAUUGUAGCCAUACUUAAAAA